AUGGGGAAGAAAGACUAUAGCGAUAAGCUUCCACGUUUCUUCGAAAUCCUUAGUGAAACUGAUAAGGAGGCGUAUCACCAGCUGCGAAAAGCCUUGAAUUCUCCCAAUUGUAAAAAUCGAAGGAAUAAAUCGAUUCAGACAUUUCGUGAAAUUAUCACAUCAAUCAAGAAUUACGUUAUAAGAGGUGAUUCUGAAGACAAAAAUCGUUCUCUUGUCUGCGGUACAAUUUGGUUGCAUGAAGGAAUUGCGAUUAAUACCCAUCAGCUCCGUCUUCUUAUGUCAAAAUGUAAAUCUUCCAUCAAUGGAUCAUUUCAAGCGAUGGGUUAUGAAACAAUUCCAACUGGAGCUGACUCAGCUGGAGAGUUAAUUAAUUUAUAUCCUUUUAUGAAGAAUAAUUUUAUGGAGCUUCGACAGUGGACAGUUCGCUUUAAAUCAGGAGGUAAUGAUUCCUUACUUUCUAGUUCUAAAACAGAAAAGAAAUCUGAUAAACGGGGUCACAGUUCUAAAACUAGCGAAUUGCGACAAAUCUCACCACCGCCAGAUAUCAUUGAUACUGAUGAAGUCUCCUCUCUAGAAAUUCACGAACCAAAGGCUACAUUAGAAGUUGAUGAUCUUGGAUUCGCUCCGAAAGAAGAUUAUGGCUAUUUUCCAAUUGAUACAUUGGAAGACUCGGCAAUGCAGCAUACUUUUGAUCCGGUAGACACUCCUGAUUGGAAAGAUGAUAUUCAAGACAAAAAUCACUCUUUUGAUGUAUUGUUAUAA